UAGCUCCAGCCCCGCCUCACUACGACAACGCUGCCUGCCUGGUCCAUCCGCAUCUGUCACAACUGUCUGCAGCUGCUUGAGCUCCGUGGCAUGCCCUCAGUUAUACCGGGAUUUAGGUGGAGGUUUUCACGAGAAAGAUAGCUAUGUCGGAGGUACGGAAAUUUACCAAAAGGUUGAGUAAACCAGGAACGGCAGCGGAACUCAGGCAAAGCGUCUCCGAGGCUGUGAGGACAUCGGUGAUUGUGGAGCAGCCUAAGAUCAUCGAGCCGUUGGACUAUGAGAACGUGGUGUUUCAGAGGAAAGCCCAGAUCCACAGUGACCCUCACAGAGACCUGCUGCAGUGUCCUGUCGACGACAUCUCGAUCUCUCGUCAGAGGAGGACCGUGGUUCCCUCCGUGCCCAGAAUGCAGAGAGGCGCCAAGAGCCUGUUUGCCAAAGAGUGCAUCAAGACUUACAACACGGACUGGCAUGUCAUCAACUACAAAUAUGAAGCGUACUCGGGAGAUUUCCGCAUGCUCCCAACUAAAGGCCUGAAGAUGGACAAGCUGCCGGCUCACGUGUUUGAGAUCGAUGAAGACGCUAAAGAUGAGGACUCGUCCUCUCUGUGCUCUCAGAGAGGGGGUAUCAUGAAGCAGGGCUGGCUGCAGAAAGCCAACAUCAACAGCAGCCUGUCUGUCUCCAUGAGGGUGUUUAAGAGGAGGUAUUUCUACCUGUCCCAGCUGCCAGACGGCUCCUACAUCCUCAACUCCUACAAGGAUGAGAAGAACUGCAAGGACACCAAAGGAUCCAUCUACCUGGAUUCCUGUAUAGACGUCAUUCAGUGCCCUAAAAUACGUCGUAACGGCUUUGAGCUAAAGAUGCAGGAGCGCUUCAGCCACUUCCUGGCUGCGGACAGCGAGGCGGAGAUGGAGGAGUGGGUGGUCACCCUGAAACAGGCCCUGCAGAGCAGCACUGAGGGAGGAGACAGGAGGAACGGAGGAGACAGCCUAGACUGUGCCCUGGAUGAGGACAGCAGCAGCCAGGGGAAAGGAGAGAGCCUAUUGGAGAGUCUGGGCAGGAGCCUUCACCCUGAACUCGUCAAGUAUGCCAGGGAAACAGACCAGUUCAAUAAAAUGAACAGGAACGAGGGGAGACAAAAGCUUUUCUCCCUGGACCCUGAAACACAGAGGUUAGACUUCUCGGGUAUAGAGCCUGAUGUGAAGCCGUUUGAGGAGCGUUUUGGCCGGCGCAUCGCCGUCAGCUGCCAUGACCUCACCUUCAGCCUGCAGGGCUGUGCCAACGAGAGGGGGGACGGGGUCCUCACCAACGUGGAGCCGUUCUUCAUCAGCUUGGCCCUGUUUGACGUGUCUAAGAGCUGUAAGAUCUCUUCUGACUUCCACGUGGACCUCAACCCUCCCUGUGUACGAGAGAUGCUGACCGACACCUCUCCACUCUCCCCUACAUCAGAGGGAGGAGGAGGGGGAGGAGGAGGAGGAGGAGGAGGAGGGGUGAAUGGAGGAGUGAACGGGGAUGCAGGGAUAGGGAAUGGUCUUCCCGUUCUACAAAGGGUGUCUGAGUCUCUGCUGCAAUACCCCACUCAGGGUAUCUUCUCGGUGACCAACCCCCAUGCUGAUAUUUUCCUGGUGGCCAGAGUGGAGAAGGUCCUACAGAACGGCAUUACACACUGUGCUGAGCCCUACAUCAAGACUUCAGACAUCAACAAGACAGCCCAGAAGGUGCUGAAGGCUGCCAAGCAGACGUGUCAGCGCCUGGGACAGUACAGGAUGCCCUUCGCCUGGGCUGCCAAGCAAGUGUUUAAAGAUGCCCAGGGCAGUCUGGAAUGGACGGGAAGCUCGCCUCUCUAUCGCCAGGACAGCAGCAAGAUCUCCACCGAUGACCUCAUCAAGAUGCUGGCUGAUAUCAGGAAGCCAGAGAAGAGCAAGCUGCAGACCAUCCCUGGACAGCUGAAUGUCACCAUCGAGUGUGUGCCUCCGGACUUCUCAAACACGGUGACCUCGUCGUACAUCCCAGUCAAGCCCUUUGAGGAGAAGUGUGAGAGGGUCUCAGUGGAGAUGGAGGAGUUUCUCCCUGAGGAGGCCAAGUACAACUACCCCUUCACUGUCUACAAGAACCACCUGUAUGUCUAUCCCCUGCAGCUGAAAUACGACAACCAGAAGACCUUCGCAAAGGCAAGAAACGUAGCGGUGUGUGUACAGUUCAGAGACUCUGACGAAGAAGGUGCGGCCCCUCUAAAGUGUAUCUACGGAAAGCCAGGAGAGACACUCUUCACCACCAGUGCCUGUGCGGCCGUCCUCCACCACAACCAGAGCCCUGAGUUUUACAACGAGGUAAAGAUUGAGCUGCCGGUCCAUGUCCAUGAGAAACACCACAUCCUCUUUACCUUCUACCACAUCAGCUGUGAGAUCAGUACCAAGACCAGCACCAAGAAGAGAGAGGGAGUGGAGUCCCUGGUGGGCUACUCCUGGUCCCCCCUGUUGAAGGACGGCAGGAUGCAGUCCAUAGAGCUACAGCUGCCUGUGUCUGCCACCCUGCCCCCUGGAUACCUGUAUGACAAGACCCAGGACGCCAAGAAGUCAGCACCCGAUAUAAAAUGGGUAGAAAACAACAAGCCACUGUUCAAAGCGAAGACCAAUGUAGCGUCAACAAUAUACCCCCAGGAUCUGCACCUCCACAAGUUCUUCCAGCACUGCCAGCUGAUGAGGUCCUCCUCAGAGGGCAACCCAGCAGAACUCAUCAAGUAUCUGAAGUGCCUGCAUGCCAUGGAGACUAAGGUCAUCAUUAAGUUCCUCCCCACUGUGCUGAUGCAGCUGUUUGAGGUCCUCAACACAGCAACCAAAGAGGCCACCGAAAUCGCUGUCAACUCCACCCGUGUGAUUAUACACAUCGUUUCCCGGUGCCACGAGGAGGGGCUGGAAAACUACCUGCGCUCUUUUCUCAAGUACGUGUUUGUGAACAACGGCCCAGUGUCUGGGAACUCUGGGACCACUCAUGAAGUCCUGGCCACCGCAGUUACAGCCAUCCUCAAACAGACAGCAGAUUUCAACACCAGCAACAAGCUGCUCAAGUAUUCCUGGUUCUUCUUCGAGACCAUGGCCAAGUCCAUGGCCCAGUACCUGCAGGAGGGCAACAGGAUCAAGAUGCCCCGUGCCCAGAGGUUUCCAGACAGUUUCCACCAGGCCCUACAGUCCCUACUACUGUCCAUCAUGCCUCACAUCACCAUCCGCCAUGUUGAGAUCCCAGAGGAGGCCCGCUGUGUCAACCUCAGCCUGGCUGGCUUCAUCAAGCGCUGUCUCACCUUCAUGAACAGAGGCUUUGGCUUCAGCCUGGUCAACGACUACAUGUGUGGCUUCACCCUUAAAGACCCCAAGGUCUUGACCGAGAUGAAGUUUGACUUCCUCAUGACGGUGUGUAACCACGAGCACUACAUCCCGCUUAACCUGCCCAUGGCUUUUGGACGCACCAAGCUGCAGAGAGUUCAGGGUGGUGGUGUUUGGAUUACUGUAAGACCACUUCCUGUUGGUCUGCUGCUGAGGGAGGUGGCCGAGGCCCUGCAGGCACCAGAGGUCAGACAGCUGGCCGUGGCCGUCCUGAAGAGCCUCAUCAAACAGCCCAUGGACGACCGUUACAACGCCAGUUACCAAGGUGAGGAGGAGGGACAGACAGACCAGUACACCAAUAGAAUAAAUCAGCAGGCCCGUAUCUGUCUACUGUACCUGCCACUGCUGGAGCUGCUCUACCAGAACCUCAAACAGCUGUCUGCCCAGCAUCACACCUCCAGCCCUGGCCUGGGCUUCACCGGCUCCAGAGAUGACUUGAGAUCAACCGGCUUGAUGGACAGCCGCAGGACCAGCACGGCCAUCGAUAAAGACCACGGCCCAGUAGCUCAGAACGGCCACUUGGUGAGGAGGGAGGACUCCAGAGGAUCUCUGUUCAUGGACCCCAGCACUCCAGAUAGCUCUGAGCUUCACCGGCGGGGCUCCACUAUGAGCAGCAGUACUACUCUCCCUCCCAUAGGCAGACUGGGCCACUAUGAGAUCAAAGGACUGCUUCUGUGUUUCCUUCACAUCGUCAGGACCGUCUCGGACGACACCCUGCUGGCCUACUGGAACAAGGUCAAUCCUCAGGACAUCAUCAACUUCCUCAGUCUACUGGAGACAUGCCUGGUGCAGUUCCGUUACGUUGGAAAGAGAAACAUUGGCAGGAGUCAGGAUGCCUGGGUGUCCAAGCUGUUCUCUUCAGACAGGAAGUCCCAGACCAUGCCUGUGAUGCGCUGCAGAGCCGGCCUAAUGCAGAGCAGGCUUCAGCAGUUCAGCACCAUGGAUACCUCUCUCACACUCAACAUAGGGGCUGGUCCCUCGGAGGCAGAGGUCCACCACCAGGCUGUGUUGGAGGGUAAUAUCUCUACUGAGGCCUGCCUCAGUGUACUGGACGUCCUCUCACACUUUACUCAGUGCUUCAAGAACCAGCUGCUGGACAGCGACGGCCAAAAUCCCCUGAUGAAGAAGGUUUUUGACAUCUAUCUGAACUUUCUGAAAGUCGGCCAAUCAGAGGCUGCCCUCAAACACGUCUUCGCAUCCCUCCGGGCUUUCAUCAACAAGUUCCCAGCGGCGUUGUUCAAGGGCCGCGUGACUCUGUGUGCGGCUCUGUGCUACGAGGUUCUGAAGUGCUGUGUGUCUAAGAUGGGUCUGAUGAGGGCCGAGGCCUCCGCUCUGCUCUACCUGCUGAUGAGGAACAACUAUGAGUACACCAAGAGGAAGACCUUCCUACGCACUCACCUACAGAUCAUCAUCGCGGUGAGCCAGCUGAUCUCAGACGUGGCGCUGACUGGCAGCUCCCGCUUCCAGGAGUCCCUCUCCAUCAUCAACAACUUUGCCAACAGCGACAAAGCAAUGAAGUCGACAGCGUUCGCUGGGGAGGUGAAGGGACUGACCAAGCGUAUCCGGACGGUGCUGAUGGCCACGGCCCAGAUGAGGGAGCAUGAGAAGGACCCGGAGAUGUUGCUGGACCUGCAGUACAGCCUGGCACGCUCCUACGCCUCCACCCCCGAGCUACGACGCACCUGGCUGGACAGCAUGGCCCGGGCACACAUCAAGAAUGGAGAUUUCUCAGAGGCUGCUAUGUGUUACAUCCAUGUUGCUGCGUUGGUGGCAGAAUACCUCAACAGGAAAAAGAUGUUCCCCAGUGGCCUGGCAGCCUUCAAGAGGAUCACUCUGAACAUCGAGGAGGAGGCCGCCAUGAAGGAAGACACAGGAAUGCAGGACGUCUACUACACAGAGGAGGUCUUAGUGGAGCGUCUAGAGCUGUGUGUAGAGGCGCUGUGGAAGGCAGAGAGAUACGAGCUGAUUACACACAUCGCCAAGCUCAUUAUCCCUGUCUACGAGAGACGCCACGAGUUCCAGAAACUGAGCCGUCUGUAUGACACGCUGCACAGAGCCUACAAUAAGAUCCUGGAGGUGAUGCAUACAGGCCGGAGACUACUGGGGACCUACUUCAGAGUGGCCUUCUACGGGCAGGGCUACUUCGAGGAGGAGGACGGUAAGGAGUAUGUGUACAAGGAGCCCAAACUCACUGGCCUAUCAGAGAUCUCUCAGCGCCUUCUAGGGCUCUACGGGGACAAGUUUGGAACGGAAAGCGUCAAGAUCAUCCAAGACUCCAACAAGGUCAACCCCAAAGACCUAGACACCAAGUUCGCCUACAUCCAGGUCACCUUCGUCAAGCCUUACUUUGACGAGAAGGACUGUCCAGAGAAGAAGACGGACUUUGAGAAGUGCCACAACAUCAACCGCUUUGUGUUCGAAACGCCAUACACGCUGACGGGGAAAAAACAUGGUGGGGUGGAGGAGCAAUGCAAGAGGAGGAGCGUACUCACAACGGCCAACACGGUUCCGUACGUGAAGAAGCGUGUGGAGGUGUUGGGGGAGAAGCAGGUAGAGCUGAAGCCUGUGGACGUGGCCAUCGACGAGAUGCAGGCGCGCACCGCCGAGCUGACCAAACUCUGCUCCUCCCAGGAGGUGGACAUGAUCCAGCUGCAGCUCAAACUGCAGGGCUGUGUCUCUGUACAGGUAGACGAGACCUUACUGUUACGCUGGUCCUAUGGCGAGUUUGUGGAAGCCUGCAGCAUGGCGCUGGACAUCAACGAGCGUCUGAUCAAGGAGGACAGUUUGAGACACGAGGGCCUGAAGGGCAACUUCAAAGACAUGGUGAAGGGCUGUCAGACAUCAUCCAUGGAACAGAUCUUCCAGGAGGAUAUGAUGCGUUCACUGCUCCAGAACUCCUUACACGUAUUCCGUGCCAUCAGUGGGACGUCUACAGACCUGGGCUAAAGUGACCGUAACACAGAGUAGAGCUAACCCCCCCCCCCCCACACACACACACACACACACCCUCUGCUAGUUGGAUGCAAAGUGGACUUGUCGACUCCCUCGCUCCACACCACAAACUGGAAACCUGUUUAUAAUGUACUUUGGGAUUAGCACUGUUCAGUAUGACUUGGCAUAUUGGCCUUGCUAUUCCCAUUUGCCUUCUCAAACUUCCUGAAUAGUGUUACGUAACUGAGCACACCAAGAUGUCUGAUACGACAGCCGAGGUAUUCUGAUAUCUUGGCCCAUCUGUGUGCUAGCAGUAUUUGGAGAAUGUAUUAUGUACUACCGAUAUUACGAGAUUUAUCAAAUGUCAGGUCUUGCUGUUGAGUCAUGUAUUAGGUGACAUUGCACUUUUUUCUCUUGAACUACAAGAUUCUUGAAUGACUUGUAUUCUUUAAAGGCGAGGGGGAGAUGUUAUUUUGUAAUGUUUUAUUUGUUUAAAUUCUGGACUGUUGCAACUCAAAGCUCUAUGCAGAUUGACUUAACCUCUCCAAUCAAAGGCAGUGUUGACCAUUCAAAUAGAAACGGUUUCUAUGGUGUUAACACUUUACACUGCAGAUAUUAGCCUACCUACCUUCUAAAGAGAUAAGUCACGUAUGGUAUGUGCAUCAUCUGGGUGUGUUCAGUAGGGAUGGAACGUUUUGAAACAGGGCGGUACUACUACCUGAAUUUGUCCAAUAAAAACACAGAUUAUUGUGUUACGUUGCAAACCAUUUGGCUACGGUGUGCCCUGCUGAACACGACCCAGGUAAAGGCUGCCUUUUGUCCAUAAUCAAUGCAAAGCUGUUAUUUGCCUUGCACACUUCAUUAAAUGGUUGCUUCAGAGAGCAAAUGCAUUACACUUAAGUGCUGGGAGUCUAUUCUGCAAUGGUCUAAGGUGGCUUAUAUUGCUGAUGUUUAAGGAACAAACAAACAGUAACCCAUCAGUUGUCUGUAUUAGUCUAUAAGAAAGAUGUACAGUAAGGUUUAAUGCAGUAUACUCUAUGAUGUCAAAUUGUCCGUCACUCUGUAAUAACCCAAUGCUCAGACAGUUUCUUCAGUUGUUGAACUUUAUGAACUUUAUGUUCUGACAUGGGGUGUGUUCUUUGACAUUAAGUCAAUGAUGAUUGAUUAGCCUGGUCCCAGAUCUGUUGGUGCUGUCUUGCCAACUCAUAGGCUGCGUUUACACAGGCAGUGUAAUUCUUAUCUGAUUGGUCAAAAGACCAAUUAUUGUGGGACCAGGCUGUUGAUUUUGAUUGAUGUCUCUAUCACAGGGGUAUUCAAAUCUUACCUUACAAGGUCCAGAGUACUACUGGUUUUCUGUUCUACCUGAUCAUUCAUUGCACCCA